AUGAACGCCAACGCUUUCGUCCACUCCUUCGGAUACACAUGGGUAACAUCUUACAACACCCUGAAGGUCCUCGGCAAGGAUGGGUUCAGCGAUGCCGAGGCAAAGCUAUGGGUUGAAACAAAGAUCACGGAGCUGAAUUUCAUGUCGGCCAUAGGCACCUUUAUCGCCUCCGUGAUUGCAACGAGCCUCGGUUGGCCCGGCAUGGACAAGACACACUGGGUGGUCAGCGCGUUCUGGUACAACGCCAUCGUCAUGGCGGUGGUGUCGGCCGUGAUGGCGUUCCAGCAGUCUUCGGGGUUGGGGUGUGUGAGGGCGAAGAUCACGAGUGAGCAUAGGCUGGAUGAAGCGUUGAUGCGGGGAUCAGUGCAGCAAAAACCCUCUCGCGCGGCAGUCUUCGUGCUCCAGGCCCCGGUGCAGAUCUUGAGUUAUAGUGUGAUGAUUUAUUUGGCGGGGUUGGUGGUGUUUUUGAUUCAUCCGGUCGGGAGUCAUGCCUUUGAGGAUAAGGAGGUUAAGAUUGCAAUCUUUUGUGGUGCUUUGUUUCCUGUUUAUGUUGCCUUUUAUGUCGCGUCUUCGGUGCUGCUGCAGAAGAUUAUUAAGAAGAUAUAG